AUGAAUUCCAAAAUAAAGCUGGCUUUAGAGAAGAUUGUUGGAACCACAAAUAUUUUAACACAGGAUUUAAACCCCUUUAAUACAGAUUGGAUGAAUAAAUAUGUUGGGUCUUCAGAAAUCGUAUUGACUCCUCAAACAACUGAUCAAGUUUCUUAGAUUCUUAGAUUUUGCAAUGAGAAUGCACUUAAAGUUGUGCCUCAAUCUGGUAAUACAGGAUUGGUGGGAGGAAGUGUGCCAAUUAAGGAUGAAAUAAUUAUUUCGAUGAGAAAAAUGAAUAAAAUUUAUGAAUUUGAUUUAAACUCAGCCAUAAUAACCUCAGAUUCUGGAGUGAUUUUGGAGAACCUUAAUAAUUAUUUAUUCCAAUACAAAUAUUAAAUGCCUUGGGAUUUGGGAGCAAGAGGAUCUUGUUUGUUGGGUGGUAACAUUUCAACAAAUGCAGGGGGUUUGAAUGUGGUUAAACAUGGAUUGCUAAGGAAUUACGUUCUAGGAUUGGAGGUAGUGUUGCCUAAUGGAAAGAUCUUGAACUUAUUGAACAAAAACAGGAAGGACAACACUGGAACUGAUUUGAAAUAGCUGUUUAUUGGAUCUGAAGGAACUUUGGGCAUUAUCACAAAGGCAAAUGUAUUGUGUAUACCUAUUCCUAAUGAGAAGAAGGUGUUCUUUUUAGAACUCAAGUCCUUUCAGGAUGUGAUUAAGGUGUAAGGCUUUAUUAAAUAGAUUAGGAAUGAACAACUAUUGGCGUUUGAGUUUAUGGAGGGUAAAAUACUGCAUAAGAAUAAGCAUAGACAUAGUGGGAAUAAGCUACCAUUUGAAUUUCAAGAGGAUAAGUAUUACGUUCUUCUUGAGAUUGCUGGAUAAUCUUUGAAUGUGGAUUAGUUUAGUUUGGAUAUGAUGGAAUUCACUGAGGAAAUUGUAAUGGAUCAAAGUGAAAAGGAAGCUUAAUUUUUGUGGAAAUUGAGGGAGGAGAUUGCUGAAUCGAUGGGCAAGAUGGGAUAUGUGUUGAAAUAUGAUGUAAGCAUUCCUCCUGAUAAAUUUGAAUGGUUGGUCAAUGAGAUCUACCCUAAAAGAGAAGGUCCAUUCCAUGUAUACUAUGGUCAUGUCGGAGAUGGGAAUGUUCACAUCAAUAUAGUGUUUGAAUCGUUGUCGGAGUUGCACAAGGAAGAGGAUAAAAUAGAAUAGAAGUUGUUUGGAUUGGUGAAAUCUCAAGGUGGGAGCAUCAGUGCUGAACAUGGCAUUGGAUAGCAUAAGCGAAAGUAUAUGGAACUGCAAAAGGGAAGGGAUGUGUUGGGAUGUUUGAGUGAAAUAAAGAGUCUAUUCGAUCCGAAUGGUAUUAUGAACCCGAACAAAUUAUUAUGA